AUGGCUUCCUCAAGCUCAAAUGCAGAGACGACGAUCCACUUAUCAUUGAUUAAUGCAGCAUCCUUUGUAUCGAUCAAGUUAAGUGGUGAAUCCAACUACAUAUCAUGGAAAACCCAGAUUGUUUGUCUCCUUCAAAGUCAUGAUUUACUUGGAUUCGUUGAUGGAACAACCGAAGUUCCUCUAUUCAUGAUCAUUGCUCCUGUCAAUGAUGAUGACGAUGACGAUGACGAUGACGAUAAGCCAGAAGAAAAAGGGAUAGUGGUUGGAAAUGAGAAAGAGUACUUGCAAUGGAAAAGGAGAGAUGAGUUGGUUAAAGGAUGGAUCUUCGGUUCUCUUACUGAUCAACUUCUUCAGGAUAAAGCCAUACAUAAAUCAGAUACUGCUAGACAAGUUUGGUUGGUUUUAGAGCAACGUUACACCCCUAAAUCUGAAGGUACAAAAUCUCCUUCUUUAUUACUCUAUUUGUUUGGUGCAAGUGGUCCGGAAGAUGUAUACAUUGAAUUAAAAGAUUAUAGCUUCUACUUGCCACUAUUAAGAGCUUUACUAAGUAGAGAUUGGGAGAAAGCAGAAGAAUUCUUGAAACAAGAGAAAGACGCAAGUAUAGCUCCAAUCAACAUGCACUUACAGACAGCACUCCAUUUAGCAGUUGGGGUAAAGAGUGAAAAAGGCAAUAAGAAUUUCGUAGAGAAGUUGGUGGCGAGUAUAGAAAACAACGAAGAUUUAGCCAUAAAAGAUUGCCUUGGUGAAACUGCUCUUCACUAUGCUGCUAAAUUUGGCAACAUAAAUGCAGCUGAAAUCCUUAUAAAAAGGAAUGCUCGUUUACCACAUAUUGCUAGUCUAGAUGGUUUAUAUCCAAUCCAUCAUGCAGCGUCAUAUGGAUACGUUUCUGUGGAUGUGUUGUCUUACUUCUUGCGUAUCACUGAAGACCUUGCUCCUUAUACUGACCUCAGUGGUGUUCUGCUUCUCCACGCAUUAGUCCACUCAAAUUUGUAUGAUUUUGCAACAGAGUUGGUUGAAGAGUUCCCUGAUUUGGUAAAAUAUGAGGCAUACGGAAGGUCUGCUUUGAAGAACCUUACCAAUGAGGAAUUUACUUUCCUCGGCACAAGUCGUCUAAACUUUUGGCAACAAUUACUCUACUAUUGUGUUCCUAUCAAGUUAACUUCACGGAGUCUCCAAAGAAGACCAAAUGCCAAUGAUGUGGAGAAUGUUUCACAAAUGGUUAAGACUAAGUAUGAAAGAAUUUAUUUCAGCAUUGUGAUCAAGAAGUUGCAUACCCUUCUUUUUGAUGUUCUUGAAAUUUUAGUGCCUCAUUUGAAAAACGUCCGAGACAAAAAGUCAAUUCAUCACAAUGCAAUUAAGUAUGCAACGUGCUUAUGUGAGAAAAUAGAAAAUCUGAGUUACGAAGAAGUUUACUAUAUUGCUGGCAAUUCUCUGCUUGAUGCAGCGUGUUAUGACAACUAUGAGCUUGUUGAACUUAUACUCAGAAGAUUCCCUUAUUUAGCUUUUUAUAAUGAUCAUAAUGAGAAGACUAUCUUACACAUUGCAAUAGAGAAUCGCUGCAAAAAUGUGUUUAAGUUGGUCUGUCAGAUGAGCCAGCUCCUGCACCAUAUGGUGAUUUCUACUAACUCCUUUAGCAAUACCAUCUUGGAUUUGGCUGGAAAGUUGGCACCACAAAAUAAGCUAAACCUUGUCUCUGGACCAGCUUUUCAGAUGCAACGAGAACUACAGUGGUUUAAGGAAGUAAAGCAGAUAGUCCCGCCUGCGUUCUGGAAACGCUUAAAUGCUGAGAAGAAAGCUCCACAUGUGGUAUUUACUGAGGAACAUGAGAAGUUAAAAGUAGAUGGAGAGAAAUGGAUGAAAGACACAUCAAGCUCAUGCACAAUUGCAGCAUCACUGAUUGCUACCAUCGCAUUUGCUGCAGCAAUUACAGUACCAGGUGGCAAUGACCAAAAAAGUGGUUUCCCCACUUUCUCUGGAAACAUUGCUUUCAUUAUUUUUGCAAUCUCGAAUGCAGCUUCAUUGUUCACUUCUAGCACCUCUCUAUUGGUGUUCUUGUCAGUUUUGACGUCUCGUUAUGCAGAAGAAGAUUUCCUGCAUACUUUGCCAAGGAGUCUUAUCCUGGGACUGCUAACUCUGUUUCUUUCCAUAACAUCCAUGAUUAUUAGCUUCAGUGCAACGGUGUAUCUCAUGUUUGGGCAGAAGAAAGCAUGGGUUCUUCUACCAGUCGCGACAAUGGCUUGCCUACCCAUUACUUCAUUUGUGCUUCUGCAAUUUCCCCUCCUUGUUGCUCUCAUUUCCUCAACAUAUGGGGCUGGCAUUUAUGGAAAUUAAAGAAGAGUAACUUCAUGUUUUAGCGACUAUUAAAGUAUUAUUUUUUAUUGCUUGUUUUAAUAUUUGGUGUGUUGUUCGAACAUGUUAAGUCAU